AAAACAACUGUUAUAGUUUGCAGAAUCAUGGAGGUAUCACACUCCCUUACCCUGAACGAAACGGCGCUGCAGCAGCUGCCUGAUGACAAGAAACCACAUUUCAUCUUUGAAUGGCUCCGAUUCCUUGACAAAGUUCUUGUGGCGGCUCAUAAGUCUGACAUCAAAAGCUGUCAGCAAAAGCUGGUAGCACAACUAGUGAAUCUCCUCCGAGAAAACCUGGGUUCUCCGGCUCGACAGCUGCUUGCUCGCUGUCUGGCCACACUCUUCUCUGUUGGAGACACCUUCUUACUGUUUGAUACUGUCAACAAAUGCAAUGAUAUCAUUAAAGUUAAAGAUGACUCACCUUCUUACUUGCCAACAAGACUAGCUGCAAUAUGCUGCUUAGGGGGGAUGUACGAGAAACUGGGUCGGAUGAUGGGGCGUUCUUACGAGGAGACAGUGACGACUCUAGUCAGGUCACUGAAGAGCGCUGAGUCGCAGACAAGACUGGAAAUCAUGAAUACAUUGGAAAAGAUUUGUGUUGGCAUGGGCUUAGCCGCGCCCGGGGCCUUGCGAGAGGUGUCUCGGGCCGCGCGCGCAGCGUUGCUGUCAGACCGCGCGCCCGCCGUCCGCGCUGCGGCGGCGAAUGCACUACGACACAUGCUGCCACUCAUGAAGCUGACUGCAGCAGACCUAGAUGCGAUAGCCGCGGCUUGCUUGAGAGCCGCGCAGCCGACUGACUACACGUUAAGAUGUGCGGUAUCAGAAUUGCUUGGCGCUUUAAUAGCGGCAACUCAAGCGGGCGAAACCUCAAAUUUGAACAGCAAACUCAAAGUGGGUGCACAGGCGGUGCAACAAAGCAAAAAGGACCCACCAAAGAACGUGGUAUCGUUAGACGAAGCGCUGAACCUUCUCAUGGGUGCUUUCUUAAGGGGCGGCACCUCUUUCUUGAAGGGCGAGCUUAUCAAGUCAGGAUCGGGUGUAAGCCGCGAGGUCCGCGUCUGCGUUACUCAUGCGUACGUGAUAUUCGUCCAGAACAUGGGCGGCGUGUGGUUGGAGCGUAACCUGACUACUUUCCUCACUCACGUGCUGGACUUGGUGGCGAAUCCCAAGGCCGCUAGCUCCCACGUCGACGCUGUUUAUUCCAGGAAAUGUAUAAACUACAUUCUACGCAACACUCUCGGUAAGAUGUUGGGCGAGAAAGCGCAGGCUUCGGCGUGCCGCGAGAUCAUUCAGAUCGUCAUCAAACAGAUGAACAGCAUCGACUUCAACCCGGAGAACGCCAAGGAUUGUAAUCAGGAGACACUGUUCAGCCAACAUCUGCUGGUAUGCGCGUUGAUGGAAGCGGGUGAGCUCACGCUGCAACUCGGUACUUCAGUUCAAAACCUCGUGUCUGAUACCUCGCUGAAUAUGAUCGACGCCAUAUUCGCGGUACUGGAGCACCCGUGCGUAGCAGCCCGCUUGGCCGGUGCGUGGUGCGUGCGGUGCGUGUGCGUGGCGCUGCCGUCGCAGAUCACGCCGCUGCUGGACAAGUGCGUGGACGCGUUGGACGCGCCGCGCUCGUCACCCACGCCGCAUCAUAUCUCUGGAUAUUCCGCAGCCCUGGCAGCAGUGCUGGGCUCAGUUCGUCUCUCCCCUCUCGGCGUGCCGCACGGCCGAGGCAAAGUGGCCUUCAACGCGGCUGAACAGUUGCUAAGAUCGGCCGGGCAAAGCAGUCGACUGACCGCUGCCAGGACUAAUGCUGGAUGGCUCAUCGUUGGAGCUAUUUGCACAUUAGGUGUUCCCGUGGUGCGUGGACUGUUGCCGCGAAUGCUGUUGCUCUGGAGGAACAGUUUCCCGAGAUCUGCCAAGGAGAUGGAGUCGGAGAAAGCCAGAGGCGAUGCAUUCACCUGGCAGGUUACAUUGGAAGGACGCGCCGGAGCGUUGUCGGCGCUCCACAGCUUGCUGAUCCACUGCCCAUCGCUGGUCAACAGCGACGACACUGCCAAACGGUUGACGCAGCCGAUAGACGGAGCGAUUGCCGUUCUUACAAAUGUUGGCGGUGUACUCCGCAACUACGGCGGUUCACUGAAAGCACCGGCAGCGCUGCUGAGACUCCGGCUGUACCAGGCCUGCGCGGCGCUGGGGCCGGGCUCGCAGCCCGCGGCGCCGCUGCUGCGGCUGCUGGCGGGCGAGCUGGCCGGCACGCCGGACCCGACCACCGCUAACCUAGCCACUGGUAUGCUGCGAAGCGCUAUGCAUCCCCAUGAUACGAUUUUGCUGGGAGACGAAAGUUGGAUCUACGACACAGAUCAUGCUGAAAUUGAAGAACAGCUGAUAUCGCCGCUCAGCGCUAGCGGCUCGGGAGCCCUAGAGCACGAUCCCUGUUGCUUGUACCGCGGUGGGGCGGCCGCGCAGCCGCUAGGAGUGGCGGUCAUCGACGCCUGUGUCGCACUCUUCCCGCACACGUUCGCCAGGGCUGCCAAUAAACACAGGCAACAAAUGUUGGAACACUUCACGGAGUGCAUCAAGAUGUCGAAGGGCACGCGGCAGGAGGCCAUACAAGUGAACGUGUACACCGCGCUGCUCCUGGCGUUGAGGACGCUCGCCGAGCAGAAGAGCUCGCUAGGGCAGGAUGCCGUUAAGACGGCUGCUACUGAACUUAUUAUUUCGGGCCUAUCAUCGGCCAGCAUUCCGGUCCGCGCGGCGGCGGCGUGCUGCGCCGGCCGGCUCUGCGGCUGCGUCACCGAGGCCGAGAGCCAGGCGAUCAGCGAGCGCGUGCUCGCGCUGACCCGCUCCACCGUGCGCGCCACCCGGGCCGCGGCCGCGGCGGCCGUGGGAGCCGUGCAGCGCGCGCGGGGGGGCAGCUCCGCGGCCGCGCUGCCGGCGCUGAGGGCCAUGGCGCAGGACGCGAGCGGACAGGAGGCCCAGGUAUGGGCACUCCACGCGCUCUCCGUGCUAGCCGAUGCCUCCGGACCCAUGUUCCGCAGCCACGUAGAGUCGACCCUGAACGUGGCCUUCAAGCUGCUGUUCACGGCGCCGCCCUUCCAAGAGGACCUGCAUCGCAGCGUCGGGAGACUGCUGUCUGCGCUGAUCACUGUUGUUGGGCCCGAGUUGCAGGGCAGUGCCGGAGCAACCGUGGGCCGCUUCCUGUGCGCGUGCGCGGCGCUCGGCGAGUGCGGCGGCGGCGGCGCGCGCGCCGAGGGCAUCGGCUGCCUGCAGCAGCUGCAGAUGUUCUCCCCCCGCCACGUCAGCGCGCACAUGCUCGUGCCCACGCUCGCCCGGGACCUCUCAAGCUCGGAGCUGGCGGUGCGCCGCGCCGCGCUCUGCUGCCUUCGCCAACUGUCUCAGAAGGAGGCCGCAGAAGUGUGCCGGUACGCGCUGCUCGCCAAGGACCACGUCCCUGCCCGCCCAUACUGUGGCGUGGUGAUCACCGAGACGGGCCUCCCCGGCGCCCUGUUCGCGUUCCUGGACACGGAGCGUGACGAGACGGCGCAAUCGCACGCGCGUGACACACUCACGUGCUGCCUGCUGGCCGCCGCCGCCGCGCGCAACGUGCGCGACUGGCUGGCGCUCGCCAAGCGAGUACUGACGGUCCGACUGGAGGACAGUAACAACCCUGACACGGACUUCGACGGCGAGGGCGACGACGAUCAAGCGGAAUUUCACGCGGACACGGACGAGUCCACGCAUCCUGCAGUCCAGUCGAGGUGGCCCACUAGGGUUUUCGCAAUGGAAUGCAUCCAGAAGAUAAUGGGUGCGUGUGAAGCGACAGGCGAUCCAGCGCACUUUGACCUAGUCAAGGCCAAGGAGAAACAACUCACUGAUCCUGACAGUGACUACCUGUCCCUGCACCUGUCGGACCUGGUGCGCAUGGCGUUCGUGGGCGCGACGGGCGAGGCGGACGCGCUGCGGCUGUGCGGGCUGGGGACGCUGCAGCUGAUCGUGCGCCAGUUCGCGCGCGCGCCCGAGCCCGACUUCCCGGGGCAUCUGUUGCUGGAGCAGUAUCAGGCGCAGGUUGGCGCGGCGCUGAGACCUGCAUUCUCCGGUGACACGGCAUCUCACGUGACCGCCGCGGCGUGCGAUGUGUGUUCCGCUUGGAUCGGCUGUGGCGUCGCUAGGGACAUCAACGACUUGAGAAGGGUGCACCAGUUACUCGUCUCGAGUUUGGACAAGUUGAACACAAAAGGCAACACUACACUCAUCUACAAUGAAAGUAUGGCUACGCUUGAAAAAUUAUCCAUCUUGAAAGCCUGGGCCGAGGUGUACAUAGUUGCAAUGGUAAGCAACGGCAGCGCGCCCGGCAGCUACAUCAAGCAGCUCGACAGCAAACCGAUUAACAAUCGCGCCGAAAUCGCAAAAUGGCGGAACCAGCUGCUUCGAACCAGCAGCCAGGUCGAAGACGUGGCCCCAGAGAAUGACGACGAUUACGGCGACUUCGAGUCCAAAGGCGAGAGCUUGUUGAAGUUGGUGGAACCUGAGCUGGAAAGCUUGGGCGAGAAUUGGAUCGCGGCGCUGAAGGAUCAUGCGCUGUUGAGUCUACCGCCAGAGUUCUCAUCCCAGCUGCCGCACGGCGGCGGCGCGUUCUACUCGGCGGAGACGGCAGAGGCGUCCCGCGCGCACUACGCCCGCGCGUGGCCUUCUCUGCUCUACGCCGCGGCCUUGAGAUACAACGCUAACGUCGACAAACCUGCUCCUACUGCUGAUAAAUCUGAAAAUACUUUAGACAAUAGGGCAAAUAAGACCGAAAAUGGAAACUUCGAAUUCUUCGAACCCGUUGACGAGAGAUUCCAUUUACUAUUUGGAAUAUGUAUGGAAGCCCUAUGCGCCCAGAGGGACAUGACCGUCGACAACACUAUCACUGUCCUGCUUUCGAUAGUCACUCUUUUGGACGCGCCCGGAAACAGGGCGAGGCUACUGAAGGACAGGGCUUUGGCAAUAGAGUUGUGUCAAAUAGUGCACCGCACCGGACUGACAUUAGAAAGCGUGGAAGCUCUGCUCCUUGUGGCUGACGUGCUGAAACUCAUCAUUGCCGGCGCUCGGGAGCAGUUGCAAGCAAAUAUGCAGGCCAAGAUCAAAGAAUUAGCACCAGACGAGCCAUCCAACAACAUCCCGGAGUCAGUCCUCGAAGUGGUCCACACGCUGGGCGAAGGCGGCCCCACGGGCGACCUGCCGCCCGGCAAGUCGCUCGUGUUCGCCUGCCUCGAGGUGUGCGUGUGCCUCGCCGUGCGCCGCCUGCCCGGCCUCAGCCCGAGGAAGCAGGAGGGGGCGGUCGGCGUCAUAGGCGUGCCGAGGGGGCUGGGCGUACAUGGGGACGCUCUGUUGGUCAGCACGUUGGCUGCCAUGGGGGAGUUGACGUCGUUAACUAGCCCGCAAGGCGCCCUAUCCCUCCUCCCGACGAUACUGUACCUGGCGCUGGGCGUGCUCGGCGAGUGCUCGGACGCGACGCUGGCCGAGGCGGCCGCGCUGCUGCUGCAGCAGGCGUGCGCCGCGCGCGCGCCGCGGCUGCUGCCGCACACGCGCGACCAGCACCAGCGUCUGCUGCACUCCACGCUCGCCAAGCUGCUCGAGAAGGUCAAGAGCGAUGAAGUCGGACAGCGCAUCGACCCAGUGAUUGGUGCGCGAGCUAUGGCGGUGCUGUUAAACCAAUCGGAGCCCACGCCUGCCUUGCACUACCCGUGCAUUAACCACUUCCGGCAGUGCCUCGAGACCAGAGACAACGAGGUGUUCGCGCAGUGCUGCGGCGUGGUCCGCACGGUGUGGGCCACGGCGGCGCCGUCGUGCGUGUCGUGGUGGGCGCGCGCGCUGGCGGCGCGCGUGGCGGCGCGCGCGGCGGCGGCGCGGCGCCCGGCCGACGCGGCGCACACCCGCGCCGCCGUGGCCGCCGUCACUGCGCUCGACGACCUGCUCAACGCUGCACCUGAACAUGCGCAGGGACCACAUCAAGGCAUCCAGCUGCUGUGGCUGGUGGUGCCCAUAGUGAUCUCGUACCUGGUGGAGAGUGGCGAACUGGCCCGCGCGGCGCCGCACGUGCGCGCGCUGCACGACUUCGCGCUCGCCUGGCUCGCGCGCCAGGGACCCAAGCACCCGCAGGAAUUCAAGACGAUGAUGUCUCAGUCGGCGGAGCUGCGCUGCAAGUUGGAGACGGCCGUGAAGUGCAGCCAGGCGGGCGCGCGCCGCGCGCAGCCGCGCCGAGUGUUCGAGCCGCGCGUCGCCCGCCCCACCAUACAACUCAAGACCGACUUCAGCGACUUUAGAUAAAUGCG